UUCUCUAACGCCUCAGUCACAUUCGCACCCUUUUUAUCCAGCUACAGCACCAUCUGUUAUCUGCUUCAUCGCUGCCUAUAUUCUUUGACUGUAAGGUAUAGUGAGAGUGAGGAGAAGAUGGCUAAAACUGUAACCCCAGAUGCUAUUUCUGUUAUUCUAGCAAACCCAUGCCCGGAUUCUUCUUCCGAUUUGCCGGAAAUAAUUGUACAAGUCGUCGAUCUCAAGCCCACGGGCAACAAAUACAUGUUCAUGGCGAGUGAUGGCAAAAUGAAGGUGAGGGCUCUGUUGCAGUCGACUCUAGCGUCUGAAGUCACAUCUGGGAACAUCCAGAAUUUGGGGCUUAUUCGCGUGCUUGACUACACUCUCAAUGAUAUCCCAACCAAGAAUGAAAAGUUCUUGAUUGUGUCCAAGUGUGAUGUUGUGUCGUCUGCGCUUGAGGCCGAGUAUAAGGCUGAGGUUAAGGUUGAGGAUGGUGUGAAUUCUUUGAAACAGAACCAGGAAAUGGAUGCUGAUGUGAAAACUGGGUCUCCUGCUAUAGUGUUGAAGCCAAAACAAGAAGUUGUGACUAAAUCUGCUGCUCAAAUUGUUCAUGACCAGCAUGGAAAUGCGGCACCAGCUGCCCGAAUGGCGAUGACACGGCGAGUCCAUCCACUUGUUUCUUUGAAUCCUUAUCAAGGAAACUGGACAAUUAAAGUCCGGGUCACGAGCAAGGGAAACAUGCGGACUUACAGGAAUGCUAGAGGAGAAGGCUGUGUAUUUAAUGUAGAGUUGACGGAUGAAGAUGGUACUCAAAUACAAGCAACCAUGUUUAAUGAUGCUGCGAAGAAAUUCUUUGACAAGUUUCAGAUGGGGAAGGUUUACUACAUAUCAAAGGGAACCUUGAAAGUAGCAAACAAGCAAUUCAAAACUGUGCAAAAUGAUUAUGAGAUGACCUUGAAUGAAAAUUCAGAAGUGGAAGAAGCCAGCAAUGAGGCAACCUUUAUUCCUGAAACAAAAUUCAGUUUCACCCCAAUUGAUGAGUUGGGUCCAUUUGUCAAUGGAAGGGAACUUGUUGAUGUUAUUGGCGUGGUUCAGAGCGUGUCUCCUACAAUGAGCAUUAGAAGGAAGAGCAACAAUGAAACUAUCCCAAAGCGUGAUAUAGUUAUUGCAGAUGAGACGAAGAAAACUGUGGUGGUGUCUCUAUGGAAUGAUCUUGCCACGAGUGUUGGGCAAGAACUUCUUGAUAUGGCUGAUAAAUCUCCUGUAGUUGCUAUAAAAUCUCUCAAAGUUGGUGAAUUUCAAGGUGUAUCAUUAUCAGCACUGAGUAAAAGUAUUAUAUUAGUUGACCCUGACACACCAGAAGCCAAAAAGCUGAGAUCUUGGUAUGAUUCUGAAGGCAAAGACACUUCUUUGGCUGCUAUUGGUAAUGACUCAAGCCCGUCCAACAGAAAUGGAGCUCGCUCCAUGUACACUGACAGAGUUACCUUAUCUCAUAUCACCAGUAACCUUUCCUUGGGAGAGGACAAGCCCGUAUACUUCUCCAUCAAAGCAUACGUUAGCACCAUCAAACCUGAUCAAGCAAUGUCGUACCGUGCUUGCAAGACCUGCUCCAAGAAGGUUACUGAAGCUGUGGGAUCUGGCUACUGGUGUGAAGGGUGCCAGAAAAAUGAAGAUGGCUGCAGUUUAAGAUACAUAAUGGCAUUGAAGGUUUCUGAUGCAAGUGGUGAAGCGUUUGUUUCAGUUUUCAAUGAGCAAGCGGAGAAAAUGAUUGGAUGCACAGCUGAUGAGCUGAAUGAGAUAAAACUUCAUGAUGGAGAGGCUACUUAUCAGAAGAAACUGAAGGAGGCAACAUGGGUUCCUCACCUUUUCCGUGUCAGCGUUGCUCAAAAUGAGUACAACAAUGAGAAGAGGCAGAGGAUAACUGUCAGAGCUGUUGCCCCAAUUGAUUAUGCAGCUGAAUCCAAGUAUCUGAUUGAAGAAAUGACAAAGAUCAAAGUAUCUAACUAGUUGCAUAAUGGAUAAUCUGCUUAAUUGAUGAACUGUCUGCCUCUGUUUAUUUUGUUUAUUAAGCCUGAGGUCUUGUUUAGGAAUCCAACUAUCUGGUUAGGAAUUAUUGUAAUAUAAUGCUAAUAUUGUUUUUUGAGCAGCAAGUUCUGUUUGGGAAUGAUCUUCA